CUUUUUGAGCACACUGAUGCAUGACCUCUCACUCCACGUAGCAGCUUUCUUUUUGGUGCAUGGGGGGGUAACCUGAUUCCCAAGGCAACUGUUGCCAACGCAAAACUCUCAGUGAACGCACAGGCAUGUCACAGUUUAAUCUCUAACUAGUGCCAGUACAGUAAUUUGCUAUAUUUACUGUACAUUUGGAGUUGUGUUAUUAUUUACUAGAAAUCAGAAAUGCUACUUUAAAGAGAUAAUUCAUUUGUGCAGGCAUUGACACUUAAGCUUGAUUCCAAAAAGACUACUCUGGUGGGCGAACAGAAGAAACAACCUGAACUACAAAAUGAGACUACCAGCCAUCUCUAUAGCUUCCACACCAGUGUGUAUUCCUCACGAUACACUUCCUGUCCGACAGAGUCGCAGCCUGGUGGUCACUCCGAUGAUGUUUCCCAGCAUCUCAGACUCUGCCCGGCUGUGGACAAGCAGUCAGAGUAUUCCAAGACUGAACCCUUUACAUCCACCUUUGGUCUAUAAACGCACUGUCAGUCUGGAGACGCCAGCUGUUCACCACCACAACCACCAGAGGACACUGAUUAUGCAGAGGAGAGAGCACCACAGGUAUCAUCAAGUGUGGCGAAAACCUUUUUAUGGAACCAGCAGUGAGAGAGAAGAGUACAGGAAGGAGUUGCGAGAGCAGUUAAAGAAGCAGAUGGAGGAGAAAUGUGCAGCUCUGAAACUGCAGCUGGCCAGUAAAGUGAAGGAAGCAGAGUAUCUAAGAGAAGUGGACCGCCUCGCCCUGUCCAGUGAAAGAGACCUAAGGAUCCAGCACAGCAAAGCAAUGACAGCUUACAGAGAUGAGAACAAGAGGCUAAUGGAGCAGAGCUGGAGGGACAGAGCACUAACACGUUCCCAGGAGACCCUAAAGGAGAGAAAGCUGCUGUGUCUCAACCCCAUUAACUGGAGUGGAACACUGAAAUAGAUGGAACCUCAAGAAUCUAAACUUCAAACUCAGGCCUCACUGUAGCACUUGGGCAUGCCUAAAUGUCAGAUGAAAAUGGGAUGCAACAUAUAUAAUGUAAUGUAAAGAGCAGA